AUGAGCUCAAUAUCUGGACUAAGUAACAGUAGAAACAAUAAUACCAACAAUCAAAACAAUUAAUCACCAUUGAAAACUUCUUAAUCUCGAUCAUCUUCACAGCUAUCUAAAAUAGACCUUAGAUCUAGCAAACUUGAUAGUAAAUUGAUGGUUGCUUAAAACUUUGGACAUUCUUUCCUUGAAACUAUAUCAUCAAAUGAGAGCCGAUAUACUAGUUCACCAAAUUUCUUAGCAAGAUCUAAGGAAUCUGAAAUUAAUUCAAAUCUACAGACCUAACUAAUUAAUGUUCCAAAGUUGACUUCUUUAAGAGGAGGAGGAGUUUAUAAUCAAUUUGAAUCAUUAUCACAGAGUGCUUCUAGUGAGUCGCAAAGAGGAUUCAAUGUGGCUGACUAAAUCAGGUUGGAACAAUAUCAAGUCAAGAAUUACAUUAAUCCUAUGACCAUUCUUGAAGAUAGUAAGGAAGAAGAUGUUUCAUUCAAUAAGACGCUAACAGAUUAAAGCCCUAUUCCAAAUAGACAUGGCGGAAUUGGAGGCAUUUUCUAUGACAAUAAGAGUAGUAUCGAUGAUGGUACUAGAAGUUUGCUGCAUCAAAUGAGAGGAAAUUAUUCUCAUGAAAAUACUAUAGGUUCAAAUGCUCUGAAGAGCUCUUAAUUUAUGGGAGGUGGUAUAGCAGGUAAUGCAAAGCCAAAUUUUAACAUAUCAACUAGCACGCUUAGCAAUUAGCAUCUUAAAUUUAUGGGGAUCACUCCAGAAAAGGGCAAGACUCAGUUCCUUAACACUAGAGUAAGUGCUUAAAUGUAGGAUUAAGAACUACUUGACGAGCUAGGCUAGACGAACGGAUUUGAUCAAAAAUCUAACACAUAAUUGUAGAAGAUAACUUCUCUUUAAGAUAGUGAUGAGCAUUAAUAAAAUCAUGAUGAUUAAUUCAACAUUGUUGAUCAGAGAAAUUAUGAAUAGAGUAAUCCUAACAAUAAUUUGAUGUACUCCACAUUCAAAAGCUCUAUUAAUAUGCAAAAUCUAAAUAAGGGAGGAAAUACUAGUAGUUAUUAGAGAAAUGAUCCAAUCAGAAUAGAUGAUAACUAGUUCGUGACGCUUAACUAAAUACCUGAGGAUCAGUAUUACAAUGGAGUCGGAUCGAAUAGCUCUAGAAACUAAUUCUACUCAGGUAGACCUUCAAACAUUAGUUAAAAUAUGCCCUUGAAUAUGAUGGUGGGUGGUGGAACGUUUUCAGAUGGUCAAAGUUCUUCUAAUCCUACAACCUAUCUAAACACUCCUUAUUAAAACUAAUACCAAUCAAGAUUAGUAAGUCCUUUUGCUUAUAAUAGAAAGGAUAAUUCAAGCAGCAUUCUGAGUAGCAGAUGCCAAUGUUGCUAAGCUCCCAUUAAUGUGUAGCAUAAUAGACCACAUAGUGGAUUGAGCAAUAUUGAUACAAAAAAUCUUAACUUUUAUGACAAAUAAGAUGGUCAUGAAGUUCAGACACCACAACUAGCUUCAGAUAUAGAUCAAAGUACAAAGAUUAUAUCUAAUAAAGACUCGGAAAAAGCUUCAUCCUAUAACGCUGUGCUGUGUAAUGAUUGUUAAAGCAAAAUUCUAAACAAAGAAAACUUUACCCCGAUAAUUCCUUCUGAUCUUAAAACAUCUGGGUAUACUAACAACACUCUAUAAACCAAAUCGUAAAUAUAAUAGUUUGAUGAACUUCAACUGAAUAGCAAUCUUUCCUCUAUUCAUGUUUAAGGAAGCAACAUGGCUUAGCACAACAUAUAAAAUAAUUUGAAAUUCAGUUCUGUGAUGGGCUAAAGUGAGCUAUAGCAUUCAUAUCUAACACAAUCCAAUUAGCCUGGUUAAAUGAGUCAUCCUCUUCAGGUCAAUAGUUUAUUACAGAAUUCUGAUUCAAUAUCAAAUCCUACUCUAUAAUCAUCUUCGCUUCACUACUUAAGCUAUCUAUCUUAAAAUAUUGGAUCGUAAAUAAAGUCUCAAGAUGACUAUCUGACAAAUAAAUAUGGUCUUAACAAUCAUGAUAACUACAAACUAGCUCUAAAGUCUUUUAUGAACAGACAAUUUGAAAGAUCAGCUGCUUCAACAAGUGACUCAAGUAGUAUUCAAUAUUCUAGAAUCUUCAAGGAGCGAUAGACCAAGAGAAUCUUUGACUCGCUUCAGAAUAUAAAGUCAGAUUAUGCUAAGACGUAUGAAGAGCUUGAAGCGAUGCACACAAGUCUACUUUUGAGCAAAAUUGGAAAUUCUUGA